GGCUCCAGGCUGAACGGCUCGGGCCACUCAUGCACGACUGCCUGAUAACCAUGCUGGCUGCCACCGUCCUGACCCUGGCCCUGCUGGGCAAUGUCCACGCCUGCUCCAAAGGUACCUCACACAAGGCAGGCAUUGUGUGCCGCAUCACCAAGCCUGCCCUCCUGGUGUAAUAUCGCCAAGUUCAAGAGCCAGGAUGAUAGACCCCCAGGACUACAGAGAGUGUCACAGCAUCGUCUGGGUGAGACUAAGUGAACCAAGAGACUGCCAAGGUGAUCCAGACCGCCUUCCAGCGAGCCAGCUACCCAAAUAUCACGGGCGAGAAGGCCAUGAUGCUCCUUGGCCAAGUCAAGUAUGGGUUGCACAACAUCCAGAUCAGCCACUUGUCCAUCGCCAGCAGCCAGGUGGAGCUGGUGGAAGCCAAGUCCAUUGAUGUCUCCAUUCAGAACGUGUCUGUGGUCUUCAAGGGAACCCUGAAGUAUGGCUACACCACUGCCUGGGGGCUGGGCAUUGAUCAGUCCAUUGACUUCGAGAUUGACUCUGCCAUUGACCUCCAGAUCAACACACAACUGACCUGUGACUCUGGUAGAGUGAGGACUGAUGCCCCUGACUGCUACCUGUCUUUCCAUAAGCUGCUCCUGCAUCUCCAAGGGGAGCGAGAGCCCGGGUGGAUCAAGCAGCUGUUCACAAACUUCAUCUCCUUCACCCUGAAGCUGGUCCUGAAGGGACAGAUCUGCAAAGAGAUCAACGUCAUCUCCAACAUCAUGGCUGAUUUUGUCCAGACAAGGGCUGCCAGUAUCCUGUCAGAUGGAGACAUUGGGGUGGACAUUUCCCUGACAGGUGAUCCCAUCAUUACAGCCUCCUACCUGGAGUCCCAUCACAAGGGUUAUUUCAUCUAUAAGAAUGUCUCGGAGGACCUCCCCCUCCCCACCUUCUCGCCCGCACUGCUGGGGGACUCCCGCAUGCUGUACUUCUGGUUCUCUGAGCAAGUCUUCCACUCCCUGGCCAAGGUAGCUUUUCAAGAUGGCCGCCUCACGCUCAGCCUGAUGGGAGACGAGUUCAAGGCAGUGCUGGAGACCUGGGGCUUCAACACCAACCAGGAAAUCUUCCAGGAGGUUGUCGGCGGCUUCCCCAGCCAGGCCCAAGUCACCGUCCACUGCCUCAAGAUGCCCAAGAUCUCCUGCCAAAACAAGGGAGUCGUGGUCAAUUCUUCAGUGAUGGUGAAAUUCCUCUUUCCACGCCCAGACCAGCAACACUCUGUAGCUUACACAUUUGAAGAGGAUAUCACGACUACCGUCCAGGCCUCCUAUUCUAAGAAAAAGCUCUUCUUAAGCCUCUUGGAUUUCCAGAUUACACCAAAGACUGUUUCCAACUUGACUGAGAGCAGCUCCGAGUCCGUCCAGAGCUUCCUGCAGUCAAUGAUCACCACUGUGGGCAUCCCUGAGGUCAUGUCUCGGCUUGAGGCAGUGUUUACAGCCCUCAUGAACAGCAAAGGCCUGAGCCUCUUUGACAUCAUCAACCCUGAGAUUAUCACUCGAGAUGGCUUCCUGCUGCUGCAGAUGGACUUUGGCUUCCCUGAGCACCUGCUGGUGGAUUUCCUCCAGAGCCUGAGCUAGAAGUCUCCAAGGAGGUCAGGAUGGGGCUUGAACCAGAAGGCAAGCACCAGGCUCACAGCUGGAACCCUGGUGUCUCCUCCAGCAUGGUGGAAGUUGGGUUAGGAGUACAGAGAUGGGGAUUGGCUCCCAACUCCUCCCUGUCCUAAAGGCCCAAUGGCAUUAAAAUGCUGUAUCCAAGA